AGGUGGAUGGUAAUCGUGGUCCCGCAUGGAAACUCUUAUGCGAGCGUAGUGCUGCGGAGGGCCGAGCCUGCCAAGCUGGGGAAUGGCUCCUUUAUGCCGUAGAAAGUCAUUGGGCCGGGAGGGAUCGUGGUAGAGGGACAGAGCGAUCGAGUAGCGAAGCAAAGGCGAGAUAGGGAACCAGAGUGCGCUUUCUCGAUCUCGAUCUUGAUCUCGAUCCCGAUCUCGUCGAACCAGAUCCGAUCGGCGAUGAGCCUCUUUGGCCUCGGAAGGAACCAAAGGACAUUCCGACCAAAAAAGAGUGCGCCAUCUGGUAGCAAGGGUGCACAACUCAGAAAACAUAUAGAUGCCACUUUGGGUAGUGGAAACCUUAGGGAAGCAGUAAGGCUUCCUCCUGGGGAGGAUUUCAAUGAGUGGCUUGCCGUCAAUACUGUUGAUUUCUUCAAUCAGGUGAAUCUGCUCUACGGCACGCUCACAGAAUUUUGCACGCCUGAGAACUGUCCAACAAUGACUGCCGGGCCAAAAUACGAGUAUAGGUGGGCUGAUGGUGUGCAAAUAAAGAAGCCCAUAGAAGUUUCUGCACCAAAAUAUGUCGAGUAUUUGAUGGACUGGAUUGAAGCUCAGCUUGAUGAUGAAUCGAUAUUCCCUCAAAGGCUUGGAGCACCUUUCCCUCCAAAUUUUAAAGAAGUUGUAAAGACUAUCUUCAAGCGUUUAUUCCGUGUUUAUGCGCACAUAUACCACUCUCAUUUUCAGAAGAUAGUCAGUCUCAAGGAAGAGGCUCAUCUUAACACCUGCUUCAAGCAUUUCAUUCUGUUUACAUAUGAGUUUGGCUUGAUUGACAAGAAGGAGCUUGCUCCACUUCAAGAGAUCAUAGAAUCCAUAAUCGUUCCCUAUUAAAACUUUGACUGUACAUUUGGGAGCAUGUUCGUAAUGCCUCCACUAAUCUUGCGCUCGACCAUGAAAACAAGGUGGUUUCUGUAAUUUUGCUGUUAGGAUUUCAGGACGCGCUGGCUUGCUAUGAUGGUAGCUUGGAUUGUGUUUUGAAUUUCUUUUAAAUUAGAUGCUAGUUCCUGGCAUAUCUUUAACUUCCAUGCGCUGAAUGAUGCUUAUUUGAUGAUAUUGCUUUUACGGCUUCUCUGUUACCAUUCACUGAUGGUGUAUGUAAACUUGGUUUGAAUGCUGUCAAGGACGCUGGUAACUGUAACACUAA